AUGCUCCGAAACCUUCUCUUUGCUUCUAUACUCAUUGGUACAGCAUGUGCAAUUCACCUGCAGUACCUGAACAUUGAUUCUGCUGAGGAAGACUUUGAUGAGAGUUUGAGUGCUGUCAGUGAGGCUGAGGAUCUGCCGAUGCCUAACGCACAGCUGCCUGGUGUGUGCUGGGCAUGUGAGUGGUCCAUGAAGAAAAUAAGAAAGCAACUGAAUAACAAUGCAAAAAUGGACAUGAUUAGAAGUAAAUUGAAAAAUGUCUGCAAUAAAAUUGGAUUCAUGAAGGACAAAUGUACCAAGAUGAUUAUGAAAUACAUGGACAUUUUAAUUGAGGAACUUUCUACUCCUGAUGAUCCAAAAACCAUCUGUAUAAAUAUCGGUGUUUGCAAGCCAAAGUCGGAAUUCAUGAUGGAAUUCAUCCAAGAGUUUCCACAAGUCCAACAGAAUCUCUGAGGCAGUACACAACUCAAUAUAAGAACAACAUAAAAUAAUUAAUUGUGCUGUAUUUGAAAAAGCAGCUAAUGUUUAAAACAAAAAAAUGCUU